ACUGCGGACAUAGUACAGGAGAUGACCAGAGACUGCGGACACAGUACAGGAGAUGACCAGAGACUGCGGACAUAGUACAGGAGAUGACCAGAGACUGCGGACACAGUACAGGAGAUGACCAGAGACUGCGGACACAGUACAGGAGAUGACCAGAGACUGCGGACACAGUACAGGAGAUGACCAGAAACUGCGGACACAGUACAGGAGAAGACCAGAGACUGCGGACACAGUACAGGAGAUGACCAGAGACUGCGGACACAGUACAGGAGAUGACCAGAGACUGCGGACACAGUAC